AUGGCAUUUACCAAAGAUUGGAUUGUUGUAAUAACUAAAAAAGAUCAAUUAUCACUAUCUGCUGCAAAUGCAUGGAUGAAAACGAUCGAUUUGUCAUCAUCCAUAGUGUCACCCUUUACAGCUGGUUACAUUAUCAACACAAUUAGUUACCGCUUUGCAUGUGGGAUAUUUGUAGGAUGGAAUUUGUUAUCGGUAUUUGUGGAGGCUUAUAUUAUCAUCAAAGUUUACAAUACUGUACCAGAACUUACUACAAGAGAAUCAUUAUCCACUCCUGAUGAACAAACAAAAAUUAAAUGUUGUAAAAAGUGUCCAUGUUUCAUACAAUAUACAAUUGGCAAAUGGUUUACAUUAUUUUACAUUUAUUAUCAACAAAAUGUUUUUCUGGCCGCAUUUGGCUUAACCUUACUAUAUAUGACUGUGCUUGGAUUUGAUGGCAUAGCUAUUGGUUAUGCAAAAUCACAAGGUUUAUCAGCGUUAUGGUUAGGCAUUUUGCGAAGUACUGGUGCUGCUUUUGGUAUUAUUGGUGCAUAUUUGUAUUCUCUUAUCGAAAUUCAUUCUUCGGCAAGAAAAUCCGGAUUGAUUGGUCUGAUUGCACAACAUUUGGCUCUAUAUAUUUGUAUUGUAUCUAUUUGGUUACCUGGCUCACCAUUUGAUCCACUUACAUAUUUUAGAGAAAUUACUUUUGCUAUUUGGUGGCAACAAUUAAAAGAUAGUUUUACAUUUAUCACCAAUAAAAAUCAAAGUGAAACGGGCUCAAAUAACAUUGACUGGUCAACAUGGACAUCAAAUGGACAUUCCAUCAUUAGCGUUUUCACAUUGCUUGUAGGUAUAGCAACAGCAAGAUUAGGCUUAUAUAUGGCAGAUUUGUCAAUCUCACAGAUUAUGCAAGAUACAGUACCGGAAAGGGAACGUAAUACUGUCUUCGGUGUACAAGAUUCGAUAGCACAUUUCUUCAGUGUACUCAAAGAUGUAAUGACCAUAAUAGUACCGGAUCCAAAAACAUUUGGCAUACUUAUCAUUAUAUCCGUAUUAUUUGUAUUCAGUGGAUUCCUAAGCUUUUGCUGCUACUUACUUACAGUAAAUUCUGAUCUAAAAUUUGGAACAAUAGAAAAACUAUCACAGCUAAAAUGA